CGCUCUCGCAGCUUAGAAUUCCGCGAUUUAUUUUCCGUCUCGGUGUUCAUAAUCGCCGGAACCCGAACGUUUCAGGGAAACGUCAAACCGGAAUGUAAAAGCUGCUGACGGAGCAGCUAGAAAUUUCUUGCUUAAUAUUCCUCCCCCCCUUCCCUCCUCCUGCUUUAUUCUUCGCUCUACGUUAAUACCGUGUGCAAGGUGUCUUAGUGUGGCUCAUCUGUUGUUAUCGAAUGCAUAAUUUUCAUUAGCGGAAUAAAUAAGCAAUUAGUCUGGCACAAUAAUUCAAAUUUGCUCAACUAGAUAAGAUAUUUGAUUAUUUCUCAACAAAAUUAACUUCUUAAAGAAUUCGUUAACAGAUUGCACUCCUAAUUAAUCAUACCAUGGAACGGUCUGUAAUCGCCUUACGACGGAUUAAUGGAUCAGGCAACUGUUACGAGGAACGUUCUGUUUCAUUAUUUUUUCGUCUACCAAGCAUCCACGGUGCAUCCACUCACAAUUCUCUCUGCGUACACGGAACGAUGAAGAACAAUCUGACUUUCGUGGUUGUCCUGGCGAUCUUUGUGGUCGUCGUCGAUGGGCGGGUUUACUACUUGCCAAGUUUGGACGAAAAUCGAUACUCCGACUUAACUUACCCCAUUCCGAACGAGCAAUCAUCGCGCGAUUUGGAUUUGAGCUUCUCCGCAGGGGAAUCGAACGACCUGGAUAAUAAGAUUCGUACUUUUAAAAAGGUGUACACGGCCGUCGCGCCUGAAAGGCCGCUCAUUGAAAUGAACAAAGAGGAGUUACCGAUUACACGUUACAAAUUAGUUGAAGCACCUGUUAAGAGACUUGGUUCGGAUGAUGUCAUUGUGAUCCCGGAGUUGAACCGCAAAACAGUGAAAAUCGAUGGCAACAACAAGGGCGAAGUGAUCUUGGAACUGCGUGUUAUUGCCAAUCACGGUAGUGCUUAAACAAUUUCGACCACAAGUACUUCAUAAAAUUGGAUGUAACAUAUGGAUGUAAUAAGUGUUUUGCAAUGUAACAAUUAAUAAGUUUAUAUCUGCUUUUGGUAUUUUUAUUAAUACUGAAUAACAUUUUAUUGAUAAUCAUUUUAUAGAAUUUUUUGAUAUGAUUUAUGAAAUAAUGAGAUCAUAAACGGAAUAUUACUCGUUUUAAAACAAUGUUUUUGGAAAACUACAUUGAAAACGUGUUUUCACCCAUAUAAUCGCGUGUAAAUACGCGGACUAUGUUUUUUCAUUCGGUCCCACAAAUGAAUUCGGCAGAUCGAUAUCUCCUGUCAGAUAUUCCUUCGUCCCUAACAGCCGAACGCAUCUCUUGUCAUUGUGUGAAUACGUAUUCGAGUCUGGACUCCCCUAAUUUGUGCUCUGUCAACGACCGCGUCAAAGAGAGUCCUGUCGAUGAU